CUUUUUCAUUUUUUUUUCCUUCUCUUUCUCUUUUUGUAUUAAAAAUAUAAAUACAUAUAACAAUGGCUUUAAAUACCUUAAAUGAUGAACAAAAAAAUAAAUUAAACCAAUUUCAAACUAUAACAGAAAUAAAAGAUAUAGAAGAAGCAUUAGGCCAUUUAAUAGAAUAUGAAUGGAACUUGGAGCGAGCAAUUCAACAUAUUUAUGAAAAUAAUAAUUCAAAUGAGAAAAGAGAGCAAUUAGAAGAAGAAGUAGCUUCUAGUAGUUCUCGUCACUGUGCUACUCCUCCUAGUACACCUCCAUUCAUAAGAAAUAACAUGUCAUCAAGAAUGAAUAAUAGAACAAUGACGAAUCGACCUUCUUUAUUAUUGUCUAUUUUAUUUUGGCCUUUUGGUAUUGCUUGGAAUAUAACUUGGUCUAUACUUUCAUUUGCUAGUCGUCUCAUUUAUCGUCCUGCGAUUACAUCGAAUAAUAAUAAUAACAGAAAAAGAGACCCUCGUGUAUUAGCAGCUGAAUUUAUAGAAUUAUUUGAAUUCAAAUAUGGACCACGUCAUAUUGAUUUUUUUAAAGGAGGUUAUUCUCAAGCAUUAGAAAAGGCUCGUAAAGAUUUAAGAUUUAUGUUAGUUUUGUUACAGAGUAAUGAUCAUGAUGAUACAGAAAACUUUUGCAGAAAUAUCUUGACUUCAAAUACAUUGAUCGAAUUCAUUAAAGAGAAACAAAUCUUAGUUUGGGCUGGUGAUGUUCAUGAAUCAGAAGCACAUAAAGUGAGUUAUACAUUACAAGCUACUACAUAUCCUUUUAUGGCCUUAAUUGCCUUAAAGACUCCUCCUGGGUCCAGUGCAGCCAAGAUGUCUGUUAUCGAACGUCUUGAAGGUUAUCAAGAUGUAGACGAAUUAAUAAGUCAAAUUGAGAUGGCUAUUGAACGUCAUGGUGCUGUUAUGAAUCGACUUAAACAUGAACGUGAGCAACGUGAGCUUGAACGUCAAUUACGUGUGGAUCAAGACAAAGCUUAUCGUGAAUCCUUAAAGAUGGAUCAAGAAAAAGCGCGUAAAGCACAAGAAGCAAAGGAAAUGGAGGAGCGUAUGAAGAGAGAAAAGGAAUUAGAGGCUCAACGUCUUUCUCUUUUAAAACAAAAGCGAACCGAUUAUAUUCAUUAUCUUUAUGCACAAUUACCUGACGAACCCUCGAACACCGAAAAAGUAGCCAAGUUAAGUUUCCGUUUAGCAGAUGGAGAUCGUGUUGUACGUCAAUUCCCUCAUGAUGCUACUAUAGAGACAUUAUAUCGCUUUGUUGAAGUUUAUCCUUUAAUGAAAGAAGGAAUAGAAAAACAGGAUAUAAAAGAGCCACCUUCAGAUUAUACACAUGAAUACAAGUUUACAAUUCAUAGUCCUUAUCCUCGAAUGGAAUAUUUACCCGAUGAUACAAAAACUUUGUUUGAAAUUAAAAACUUAUGGCCAAGCGCUACUUUAGUAGUUGAUGCUGUUGAUGAUGAUGAAGAAGAAGAAAAUUAAAAUAAAGAGACUAUUUAUUAUACUCUGAAUAACAUGUAUUAAAUUUGGGCAAUAUAAACUAUGAUAUUCAAUUUUUGUUACGGGAUAUAUUCUUGAGGGGAAAUGAAAUUAAGCAGUAUGACAAAAGAACCUACUUUCUUCUUUCUUUACCUUGAAAGAGAGGGCCAUUGAAAAUAAUAUAGGAUGAAAAAAAAAAAAAAGAAAAACUUGUCAUUUAUAGGAGAGAUAAUACAA